GGUAUAGUUUCGCCGUCCGCUGAGGAAGUCAAACAAACAAGAGAGCAAGCGAUCAACAGAAGGAGAAGGAUCUUCCUUUUGCGAUCUCUGAGAUUCCUCACGAACCAAAUCUCGUAAUUUCGAUCGCCCCUGAAGCUAGAUCUUCUUCGAUUCGCGCUGUCAUCAACUUAAAGGGAAUCUUGACCUCUCUCCAGAUUUUAAUCGGGAAAGUUCGAAAUGGUGCUGGUUCUGGCAUUGGGGGAUCUCCAUGUACCCCAUAGAGCGGCUGAUCUGCCUCCAAAGUUCAAAUCGAUGCUUGUUCCUGGCAAGAUUCAACACAUCAUCUGCACUGGCAAUCUCUGCAUCAAAGAAAUCCAUGACUACUUGAAGACUAUAUGCCCUGAUUUGCAUAUAGCUCGUGGGGAGUUUGACGAAGAUGCACGCUACCCUGAGACCAAAAUCUUGACCAUCGGCCAGUUCAAGCUUGGACUCUGCCACGGCCACCAGGUGAUCCCAUGGGGUGAUCUAGACUCGCUUGCCAUGCUUCAGAGACAACUCGACGUGGACAUACUUGUAACAGGCCACACCCACCAGUUCACAGCCUACAAACACGAGGGAGGAGUCGUCAUUAACCCUGGCUCUGCUACCGGAGCGUAUAGUAGCAUAAACCAAGAUGUUAACCCGAGCUUUGUUCUUAUGGAUAUCGAUGGUCUUCGAGUUGUGGUCUAUGUCUAUGAGCUCAUCGACGGAGAGGUUAAAGUCGACAAGAUCGAUUUCAAGAAGACCUCCACUUCCAACUCUGCUCCUUAGCGUAUUUAACAAUGUGAACCCCUGUUUUUAUGUUUUCGUUUGGAAUCACUCGUGAAAUUUGGAACUUUCUUUAGCUUGCUUGUGAAAAUAAUAUUCAAAGAUUUGGAAUUUGGACCACUGAUAACAAUGUUUUGCAAGUCACUUGAAGUUGAUAGUUUUGUUUAAUC